AAUCCGCAUGUGACCGGUUCUAAUUACAGUAUAAGAUGGUCGUUUCAUUUAGUUCUUAUUUUACACGCAAAGGUUUUGGAUUAGUGUGUCUUUUCUUGCAUUUCUCUCUUACAACAAUUGACAGUAUUUGAUGAUCAUGUCGAAGAGUUCUUUCAAGUUGCAACACCCUCUCGAACGAAGACAGGCGGAAGCUGCUCGUAUUAGGGAGAAAUAUCCGGAUAGAAUUCCUGUUAUUGUUGAGAAGACCGAAAAAAGUGACAUUCCGGACAUUGACAAGAAGAAGUACCUUGUUCCUGCUGAUUUAACUGUGGGGCAAUUCAUCUAUGUGGUGCGCAAGAGGAUAAAACUCGGCGCCCAGAAGGCCAUAUUCAUUUUCGUAAAGAAUAUUCUACCCCCCACUGCUGCCAUGAUGUCAGCUAUUUAUGAGGAACACAAAGACGAAGAUGGUUUCCUUUACAUGACCUACAGCGGUGAGAACACAUUUGGAGCUUUUUAAGUGUAUUGCUGCUAAUGCUGGUGGUGUAAAUAAGUUCAAUUCAAGUUUGUAAAUAGUCUACUAAUUAUGAAAAUAAUUACCUCCAACAAGUUCUUUUAAGAUAAUUUGGAUCUUACAACUCUUAUGUGCUAUUGAAACAUUAUUUAAUACUCCCUUCAAUUCAUACCAA